GAGAACAUGCAAGCUCCUCGCACACAGGGUGGAGGUGGGAUUUACACCCCCUGACCCCAGGGGUGUGAGUCAAACGUGCUAACCGCUUAGCCCCUAAGCCACCAUGCCCCCACUAUUCUAUAACCUUAUGAAUAAAACUAGGCAAAGCAAGUCAUUUUUUCCUUCCCCAAGACUUUUAGGGUCAGCUUCCUGUUUGAUGCUGACCACACCCACUUAUAUGAUUUCACAGGAAUUAAUUCAUGUUAUUUCUGCCAAGCAAUUUCACUAUAUGGGCUUAGUAACAAAGGUUUAUACUUUUCACAUUUCAGACCAAAAUAAACAAAUAAAUAAAUAAAUAAAUGCUGCUAAAUUAUAAACAGUCCCAAUUUGCCUGAUAUUUCUGUACACCUGAAUUCACCAAGUCUUUUUUUUUUACAUUAGCAUUUAACUAUAUUUUGCAUUUCUAUUAUUUUCCUUGUUUUCUGUUUUAUUUGUGUGCAUUCUGAAUAUCAUUUGUUUCUGUAUUUGUUUUUUGUUUGUUUUGCACUAUGAAGCACUUUGAGCUGCUUGUCUGGUCGCGCAAAAGUGAAGUGCGCAUGCUCAGAAACCCUUGCUAGGACGUCUCGACAGAUAGGACAAGGGCAGUAGAAGGGAUUAGUGAUCACAUGAGCAGAGCAGAGCAGAGCAGACCGACACUGUGGUUCCUCCCCUGCUCACUAAAUCCGUGUAGAGGAACACACAACACACAAUACAACACGUGGGUAGGAGAAGAGCGCGCUCAGUAAUGAGAGGGUCCGAAAGUCUAGAAACAUCAGUCUGAUCGCUUGUCCAAUCCAAUAACAUAUCAACAAGUAUCCAGCAUUCCCGUCUGAAUGACGCGUUGGGGGGAAAUGCUUGUUGCAGGUAUGUUUUUGGACACCCAAACAGACGCAGCUAUUUUGGCGCUGUGAGUUUCUCCAGGCGCACUUGUUUGGUUGCGCCAUGGCGCAGAGCAGUAGCGGGGUUUCCGACGGAGAAAGUGUUGAAAUGAAUGAAACGAGUUCUCUGAAGAGUUUGGAAGAGGUUGAUGAGGAUUUCGGGUUUGGAGAUGAUCUGGAGCUGAACCAGUUUGAUGGCCUUCCCUACUCUUCUCGGUAUUACAAGCUCCUGAAGGAGAGACACCAGCUCCCUAUCUGGGAAUCGAGACAGAAGUUUAUGAGUGCUUUAGAAACCAAUCAGCUCGUCAUCAUCUCGGGUACAACAAAAACUGGCAAAAGUACACAGGUUCCACAGUGGUGUGCAGAGUUCUGUCUGUCAGCGCAGUACCAGCAUGGUGUCGUGGUGUGUAGUCAGAUCCAGAGACAGCAGGCUGUCGAUUUGGCCCUGCAUGUAGCUGAUGAGAUGGAUGUCAAUAUCGGCCAUGAAGUGGGCUACAGCAUUCCGCUGGAGAACUGCUGCUCCACUGACACUAUUCUCAGGUACUGCACCGAUGACGUUCUGCUGAGGGAGCUCAUGUCCGACCCAUUACUGGAGCAUUACGGUGUGGUUGUGAUCGAUCAGGCCCAUGAGCGCACCGUGAGCACAGACCUCCUAAUGGCUCUGCUUCGAGAGGUGCUCCUGCAGCGUAAAGAGCUUCGGGUGGUGCUGCUGUCCGUCACGCCAGCCUCGCACACACUCCUCACACACUUCAGCGGUGCAGCUCACCUGCAUGUGGAAGCACCAUGCUCGCCUGAAGUUCUCUACAGCGGACGAGACAGUACGGAGAGCUUCUUCGCAGCUUUGAGACUCGUCCUGGAGGUGCACAAGACUAAAGAGCCCGGGGACAUUGCUGUGUUUCUCGCCUCAGAACAGGAGAUAGGCUGUGCCUGUAGUCUUCUGGCUAAAGAAGCAUCCAGGUUAAGCAGUAAUCUUGGAGAGCUGGUGCCAGUGGCAGUGUGCCCAGGCCAUGCUGGGAUCUGUCCACCAAUCACACAGCACCAAAAGAGAGGCAGGAGGGUAUUUCUGUCCUACAGUCAAUCAGAAGACAUGUUUUGGUCAGUGGACACGGUCAAUUUUGUGAUUGACACUGGAGUUGAGAAGAGAUGUGUGUAUAACCCACGGUUGAGAGCCAGCUCUGAGGUAAUCAGACCCAUCAGUAGAUGUCGGGCAGAGAUCCGUAAACAGCUGGCUGGAUCAGCAGGGAAGUGUUUCUGCCUGUACCCUGAGGAGACCGAGCUCUGUACUGAGAUUCCUGCUCGGAUCCUAGAAGCAAACAUCACCUCGGCUGUGCUCUUCCUCAAGAGGAUGGAGGUGGCUGGGAUUGGCCGCUGCGACUUCAUCAGCAGGCCGGAUCCUGAAGGCUUAAUGCAAGCUUUAGAAGAGUUGGAUUAUCUUGCAGCUUUGGAUGAUGACGGAAACCUUUCUGAGAUCGGGAUCAUAAUGUCCGAGUUCCCCUUAGACCCUCAGAUGGCUAAAGCUCUGUUAGCGUCGUGCGAGUUUGAUUGUGCCAGUGAGGUGCUAACUAUUGCAGCCAUGUUAGCAGCUCCAAGCUGCUUCCUAGAGCCCCCUGUUGGCAUGGAAACAGAAGCAAUGCUGUGCCAGAUGAAGUUGUAUCAUCCAGAGGGAGACCACUUCACCCUGAUCAAUAUCUACAACGCUUAUAAACGCAGCCAGAGAGCACCAGGUUUCACACAGGAGAAGUGGUGUCAGGAUUACUUUCUGUGCUGCGCAGCUCUGCAGACUGCAGACGCCAUAAAGGCCGAGCUGACUGACCUGCUGAGGAGACUGGAGCUCCCGAUCUCUGAGCCGGCCUUCGGCACCAAAACCAACACGCUCAAUGUGAAGCGAGCACUGCUGGCUGGGUUCUUCAUGCAGAUUGCUCGUGAUGUGGAUGGCUCUGGAAACUAUUUCAUGCUGAGCAAUAAGCACGUGGCGCAGCUUCACCGUCUUUCAGCAUACGGGGCCAAAGUGCACAAACUCGGGCUGCCUGAGUGGGUGCUGUUCCAUGAGUUCACACUCUCCAACAGCAACUGCAUUCGUACAGUCACACAAAUCUCCCCCAAGGUGUUCAUCCAAACAGCACCGCAGUAUUUCUUCUACAACCUGCCCCCUAGCGAGUGUAAGGAGCUCCUGCAGCAUAUUUUGGACACCGAGCUGGCUGGGAGUACAAAGAGCAGACAGAAAAUGCAUCCUGUUCUUAAAGACACACCAAAAGAACAGGAGUCGCAGUCUUAUGACAGAUGUGUGAUACAGUAAUAUGAAUGCACAUGCUGUAAUCUGGACCCUAACGUUUGACCUGGGACCAUUAUGCCUCACAGUGUUAAGUCUUUUAUCAUUUAUGUACAGUACUCCUCAGCACAACCCCCCCCCCCCCCCAACAAUAUCCUGGAGUACAAUGCUGAGUGUGAAAGAUGAUGAAAUAGUAAUGAUCAGCCUCAGAAACCUGUAUAGAUGGAAUGUGAAAUAUUUAGUAUAAAUAGGUAAUAUUAAGAGAGCUUCCCUGAUAACAUGUAUUUUUGUUGUUCAUUUCAAACAAUACGCAACACAGAUUUCAGGCCAAUAAACUUUCACUGAGAUGUACCUGCUACGUAGUAAACUGAUUUAGUUAUUAAAGGUUCAGUCAGCAGUUUUGGUUUGAGGUUAGCUGAAGCUAGUUAUUUAUUGGUUAUUAAAUUAAACCUAAUCUGAAUUCACAUGCACCACGAUGGACAGGUAAGUAGACACGCCUUCUCCAUAUUUGCCUGUGUCUUUCUUUCCAUCCAUCCAGCAAUCGAUUUAACUAUCCAUCACUUGUCUAUUUCUAAGUCUAGCUCUUUGUUGAGCAAUCUAUCUCUCUGUCCAUCUGCAUUUGUGUC